GGUGUGUUCAUAGUGCCAUCUCCUUUUCUGCAGCAUUUUUCGUAAAAAUUUGUUUUGAUUUAAAUCAUUAAAUAAUCGUAGAUCCGAACCCAUUGCAAAUGGGUACAAAGCGACGCAACAUCGAGGACGAGCUGUCCCGGUUCGAGGCGGAGAUCUCCAAGCCGCCGGCCCGCAAUCUCUUCGUGCCCAACCAGGUGCGCCCGAUCAUCGCCGCCAACACGUACCACAACGUACAACACAAGUUGCAGCACCACCAGGGGAAUGGAGGAUCCCGCCUGACCGUACCGCCGCCCCCGAUCCCGCCACCACCAACCUUCAUGUCCACCUUCGUGCCCACGGGCAAUGGCGGCGGCUCCUCCGGCGCCAGCAAGCCGAUGUCCGCCUCACCCGUAGUCCUGAGCAGCGCUCCUAAGCUGUACCAGUGCCGGCAAUCAGUGCACGUGCCCACCGUGGCCGCGGCACCAUCUAUCGACAUCAACGCCGUCUCCUUCGACGUAACGCAGAAGCUGAAGAAGCUCAAGGCGGAGAAGUCCGGACCAAAUCCUAUAGCCGAGGAGGCCAUCAAGGCGGCGCGCGCAUCUUCGGCGCUGCAGUCCUUCCAGACUACGGAGCGCAAAAAGAAGGACCGCAAAACGGUGCGGAUUGCCGGUGGCAGCGUGUGGGAGGACUCCUCGUUGGCAGACUGGCCCGACGAUGACUUCCGCAUCUUCUGCGGCGACCUGGGAAACGACGUAAACGACGAGGUGCUGACCCGGACCUUCAACAAGUUCCCCUCGUUCCAGCGAGCGCGUGUGGUCCGCGAUAAGCGGACGGGUAAGAGCAAGGGAUUCGGCUUUGUCAGCUUCCGGGAGCCGGCCGACUUUAUUCGGGCCAUGAAGGAGAUGGACGGACGCUAUGUUGGUAGUCGGCCCAUCAAGCUGCGCAAAAGCACCUGGCGACAGCGCAGUCUGGACGUGGUCAAGAAAAAGGAGCGCGAGAAACAGGUGUUACUGCAGGCGUUCAACUCAAUGAACUGAAUCUGCGCGUGCAUCCCUUGUCCUUUAGGCUAGUUUCGGUCACUUUGAAGUAGCAAAUUAGUUUUGGGUGUUGCUGCCAAAGAUGAGCAAUAAAUUUACGUUUAGCAAUUGA